AAAAUAUAUUUUAAAAGCAGAUCUAUAUUUUAAUUGUUAUUUUUCCCGGAAGUUACGUAGAUCAUGGUGCCAAAACCAGGAAGUACCACCACACAUCGCGAUACGAGCGGUUUUGGAUGCCCUCGACUAAUGGUUUUCUUAUGAAUUUAUUUAGAUUAAUACUUUGCGAGGUUUCUAGCUGAUAUAUUACUUAUACUAUAUAGUGCUGGUUAUUAUAUUUGAUCAUAGUGACAUCAUUACAAAUCGUGAUGUGUGUAUACAGUCUACCGUUAGCUAGCUAGCAUGCUAGUAGCUACUGGAGGUUUUGAUUAUUUAUGUGAUGAAAAUACAGUGGACUUCGUUGUCUCAGUAUAUAACUAAUCAGUGCAAGCUACUGAAUUUUAAAUAAAGAUUUAACGGGAGUUAUUGGUGCACAAUAAGUUUAUUAGUUGGAAUCUGUUAACUAAACGACUAGUGUGUUGCCAGCCUCACCCAAUUAAAACAUUAGAGAUUUUUUUAAUUUUUAUUUUUUUUGCAAAGUUUGAAGUCAAUAUUGAGCUAUCAGCUCUCAGAAAAUAGGAUCCAAUGCGUGGGAUGAUGGGGACUCAAAGUAGUCCUGUCAAGAGCUACGAUUAUCUCUUGAAGUUUUUACUAGUAGGAGACAGCGAUGUUGGCAAAGGUGAAAUCCUGGAAAGUUUACAAGAUGGAUCAGUUGAAUCACCAUACGCAUACAGCAGCGGUAUAGAUUACAAAACUACAACCAUCCUGCUAGAUGGAAGACGAGUCAAAUUAGAGCUAUGGGAUACAUCGGGACAAGGACGAUUCUGCACCAUUUUUAGAUCUUACUCUCGUGGGGCGCAAGGAAUUCUGCUUGUGUAUGACAUCACCAACGGAUGGUCUUUUGAUGGCAUUGAUCGGUGGAUUAGGGAAAUUGAUGAACAUGCCCCUGGUGUACCAAGGAUUCUUGUAGGUAACCGCCUUCAUCUGGCUUUCAAACGCCAGGUUCCAACAGAGCAGGCACGUGCCUAUGCCGAAAAGAACAGUAUGACCUUUUUUGAGGUUAGUCCUCUGUGUAAUUUCAACGUCAUCGAGUCCUUCACAGAACUUUCACGGAUAGUGCUUAUGAGGCAUGGGAUGGAGAAAUUCUGGAGACCUAACAGAGUUUUCAGCCUUCAAGAUCUAUGCUGCCGCUCUAUUGUGUCAUGUACACCAGUACACCUCAUAGACAAGCUGCCUCUCCCUGUAGCUAUUAAAUCCCACCUGAAGUCUUUCUCAAUGGCCAAUGGCAUGAAUGCAGUCAUGAUGCAUGGACGCUCUUACUCUGUGGCCAACAGCGCAGCAUCAGGGGGCAAUUCAAGCAAAGGCAACAGUUUAAAACGCUCAAAGUCUUUCAGGCCUCCACAGAGUCCACCAAAGAACUCUUCUUCAUCAUCCAAGGGAAACUGCAAGAUUUCAUAGGCCAACACACAUACAUAGUUGUCUUCAUUUGGCCUGUAUUAACAGCAUUAUUGCUGUUGCUCUUAAAAGGCCACAAGGCUAGAGUCAGACACGUUACUAGCUACGUAUAAGAUGGUUUCAAAGACUUGAACUGAAUUGGACAAUUUUCAGCUCGCUAGUGCCAUCUUGUGGAUACUUUUUACUAGUCUCUAUACAGAGGUGCCUUGCGAUCAAGUCUUGAAUCUCGAAUGGAUUAAUUUGUAUGAUAACACUACAUGAAAGGACUAGCUAGCAUUUUGGGUGACUUUUUGUUGUGUAUAUAUGUAUGUGUUGGUGGAAUGUAUUUUGUGUAUCUUGAGUGUUAUGGGAAAUGUUUACUUUUAGUCAGGAAUUCAAAGUCACAACAGAAUUGAAAUUGUUUCUUUUUCACUCAACAGGAAUCAAUAUAGAUGUCAUGUGAUGCAUUCCAGUGUAAAGUAUCCUGCUGAAAACCUAAUAUUCCAUACAAUCACAAAUCUUUUAACCCUCUACAGACUUUGUAUACCUCAUUAGUUAGUGCAGCAUUUACUAUCAUCUUUAUGUGACAAUACCAUCUGUUUAACAGGUGCUUUCCUAUUGAUUUUGGGAACUGAGGUGUCAUGCCUUCAGAAACAUGCUUGCAUACAAUUAAUUUUUGGUUAACUCGGUAGAGGGAUGAUGUCUAGUUUUACAAUUAUGUUUUUUAAAGAUAUGUACAUUUUGUAUUUAUGAAUGUAUACUUUAUACUGGUAUGUGACCUGUGGUUAUACAUAGGAUUAAAGUAAGGUUAAGGAAGUCAA